UACCAUUGAGAAUUCACUUGGUGUUCCACCAAAUAACGAAAUGGGCAAGAAAGUUUUCUUCAUGUUGGUCAUCCUUCUCAUCGCCUCCGUCGAGACAACGCAUAUGAUGGUAAGGGGCGUGGUGCUGUGCGACGUGCCAGAGCUGAAUUGCAUGUUCAAGUGCUAUAAAGGGUCUGGCAAGUGCCUGCGGUGUUGCCAGGACCUCGGCCUCGUCCAUGGUUAUUGCAGCCUCUUCCGUUGGGACCUCUGCUACUGCUGCAAAAACUACACGGACAUCGCAGGUUCCACCCACCACCGACAGCAGCUGCAGACAGACGCCCCGACACCUACUCCUCACUUUCUUUAUGCCUGAUCAUGUUCAGUUCGCAUCUUCUACAAAUUUACAUGUUAUACAGAAUACUUGUUGAGUUCGAUUAAGAGAAUAACG